AUGGAAACUGCCAAAGAGGAGCCGGCUGAAGAAGAAGUGGCUGAAGAACCUGAGCUGACUGCUGAGCCAGAGGAAGAACGCCCAAGGCCAAGGCCAGUAGUUCCACAGUUAGCUCCUCCAAAGAUCCCCGAGGGGGAGAGAGUGGAUUUCGAUGACAUCCACCGGAAGCGUAUGGAGAAAGAUCUUCUGGAGCUGCAGACCCUCAUUGAUGUACACUUUGAGCAGAGAAAAAAAGAAGAGGAAGAACUUGUUGCUCUUAUGACAAGAAUUGAACGCCGGCGUGCCGAACGUGCAGAGCAACAGCGGUUCCGCACAGAGAAGGAGCGGGAGCGACAGGCCAAACUUGCCGAAGAGAAGAUGAGGAAGGAGGAGGAGGAAGCCAAGAAGAGAGCCGAAGAUGAUGCCAAGAAGAAGAAAGUGCUAUCCAAUAUGGGAGCUCAUUUUGGUGGAUAUCUUGUAAAGGCGGAGCAAAAACGUGGCAAGAGGCAGACGGGCCGUGAGAUGAAGAUCCGGAUUCUCUCAGAGCGGAGGAAACCACUGAACAUAGAAAACUUAAGUGAACAGCAGCUGAGAGACAAGGCCAAAGAACUGCACGAUUGGAUUCAUCAACUAGAGUCAGAGAAGUUUGACCUGAUGGAGAAGCUCAGACGCCAGAAGUAUGAGAUCAACGUUCUCUACAACCGCAUCAGCCAUGCCCAGAAAUUCAAAAAAGGUGCUGGAAAAGCCAGACUUGGUGGCCGCUGGAAGUAGAAGAAGUUUGUGCGCAUGCUCAUAUCUGGAAGCCUCACAGAAGCAACUGUUGAUCGGCAACCUGUUGCUCUCCAUGCCUUGUCUGGUGUUGAAAGUUGACCUCACUGUCCUGUGUCCAUCCACCUGCACUCCCAGUCACUUGUGCCUGUAGCAUGUUUUAUGUCACAAGCCACAU